AGUGCAAAAUGACCACACUAGCGCUUGACGAUGUGCUCAUCGAGAUUGGCACGUUCGGAAGAUUCCAGCUUCGGCAGUUUCUGCUAAUGAUAUUGCCACUCGUAUUCAACGCAUUCUCCAACCUGUCGUAUGUAUUUACUGCGGCCGAUCUGAAGUACAGAUGCUACAUUCCCGAGUGCGAGAAUCGCAGCGAUGCAGUAUACCGCACCGAAUGGUUGCAAGCAGCUGUGCCCUUCGACCGCAAUCAGCCGGCCGAGUGCGUACGGUACGAACCGCUUGUAAACAUCACCAGCGACUAUUUACAAUGCCGAGCGUCUGAUUUCAACAGCUCCGCUAUCACGCGCUGCUUCGACUUUGUGUAUGAAGAUAAAGCGGCUACAACGAUUGUGAAUGAAUUCAACUUGACUUGCGAUGAGAACACGUGGAAGAUAACUCUGGUGGGCACAAUACACAGUGUCGCCCAGGCCCUUGCCCUGCUGCUGGGCGGUUUAUUUUCGGAUCGAUACGGUCGCAAAUGGGCCCUGCUGCUGUGCAUCGCGCUAGGGUCGACCCUCGGCAUCGUACGAUCGUUCGCGGUGAACUAUGAGAUGUUUUUGGUGUUUGAAUUUCUGGAACCGCUGCUCGGUUCAACCAUGUACACUACCGCCUUCAUCCUUGGCCAGGAGCUCGUUGGCCCGAAACAUCGCGUAUUCGCCAAAAGCCUGUGCCUGGUAGUGUUCGCCCUCGGUGAAGCUGCAAUGGGUGUUAUUGCCAUGUUCGUACACAACUGGCGCUACUACCUGUUGGCCCUAUUUGUGCCGGGUCUGGUGUCGCUUUCCUUCCUGUGGAUUACAGCGGAAAGUGUUCGCUGGUUGCUUUCCAAGGGCAGAAACAAGGAAGCGAUCACAAUACUGGAAAAAGCGGCCAGAACGAACCGGAAAACAUUGUCCGAGAGUACGCAAAAGUACUUCGCAACCAAUGAUUACCAGCGCGAAUCACCUCAGCUGCCGGUGAAUCCUUCCUUCUUCGAGCAGCUCGCAGAAGUGUUCAAAUUCAAACGACUGAUCAUACGCUUAGCAAUCUGUUCGUUCUGUUGGUUCACCAACGUAAUGGUGUACUACGGUCUUACCUUGAACUCGGUCACAUUGGCAGGUGACAAGAACAUUAAUUUCAUCUUGAUAACGCUUGUCGAAAUACCUAGCGCGGUAAGCAUGACCUUCAUCCUGAACCGAUUCCCACGACGGAUGGCACAGUUCGUGUCGCUGGCAGUAUGCGGAAUCUUGUGCUUGGUAACAUUAGCCAUUCCGGAAGAUGACAGCUGGAUACACACGGUCAUGUUCCUGUUCAGUAAAAUGGCAAUAUCCUUCUCCUUCGGUGUGCUCUACAUUUACACGGCAGAAAUUUUCCCCACAAAUCUACGACAAAGCUUACUGUCCAUGUGCUCCAUGAUUGGCCGGUUAGGGUCGAUCGUGGCGCCCCAGAUGCCGCUGCUGACGAAAGUUUGGAAACCAUUACCGAUGACCCUGUUCGGAUCGAUUGCGCUUCUGUCUGCGUUCACUAUUCUAGAAUUUCCCGAGACUGGCAAUGUUCGGCUACCGAACACAGCCAGCGAGGCGGAAAAUCUCAAACAAAAUAGUUUUGAUAGUGAUCGUUCGGAAAACAAGACGAAACAGUCGGUCAUAAUGCCACAAUCCGAGGACGAUGUGGAUUUGGACGGAGUGCUGCACGAGAUCGGUCAGUUUGGUUUGUUUCAAAUGAAGCAGUAUGGGCUGAUGGUGCUGCCGAUUAUGUUCAAUGCCCUUUUCACGCUCAGCUACAUCUUUACGGCGGGCAACCUUGAGUACAGAUGCUUAAUACCCGAAUGUGAACUUCCUACAACUAGCGUUUAUCAACCGGCUUGGCUGAAUGAAUCGAUUGGCAAACAUGCUGAUGAGCGUUGUCAACGGUUUCCGUACCUCGCGAACGACACGCGCCCGCUGGAGGAGUGUAUCAGUGAAAACUUUAACGCUUCUGCCACGAUUACGUGCGAUAGGUUUGUUUACAAAACCAUCGAAACGACGAUAGUGCGUGACUUUAACAUAACGUGUGCGCAAAACGAUUGGAAACUUACGAUGGUUGGCACCGUUAAUAACGUGGGACAGUUUGUGGCACUUCCAAUCGCCGGCUACCUAUCGGAUCGGUUCGGCAGAAAGUGGAUCCUAUUGGUGAGCGUUGCCGGUAGUGCAGUGUUCGGUUUGCUGCGUUCAUUUGCAACGAGCUACGAAAUGUUCAUAGCGCUAGAGUUUCUCGAUCCGGUGAUCGGGUCCACCAUGUACACUACGGCAUUCAUUCUAGCGCUUGAGCUGGUUGGUCCGCGAAUGCGCGUCACCGGUAAUAACAUAAUUUCCUGUGCAUUUUCCUUCGGUGAAGCACUGCUUGGUCUGCUGGCCAUGUACUUCCGCGAUUGGCGCAUACUGUUGCGCAUUUUGUACAUUCCCGGCCUGCUGUCGCUGCCACUGCUUUACACGACCGCGGAAAGCGUACGGUGGCUGUUGUCUAAAAACAGAAAAGAUGAAGCAUUUAAAAUUUUGAAAAAUGCUGCUACCGUUAAUGGGAAAACACUCUCACAGGUUGCAUUGGCCAACUUCAACUCCACUGGCAGUAAGAAUAAUUCUACUAAAUCGUUAGACAGUAAAACGUAUGGCCAUUUGAUGAGGGAAGCCCUAAACAAUCCCGGCCUAGUGCUGCGUGUCAUCAACUGUUCCUUUUGCUGGCUCACAAACACAAUGGUCUACUUUGGCCUAAGUCUCAAUUCCGUCUCACUGUCGGGGAACAAAUAUCUUAACUUUAUACUCGUCUCGCUGAUCGAGCUUCCCGGGUUCUUUUUGAUGCAAUUAAUCCUUGAUCGUGUGGGGCGCAAAAAGACACUGUUUGCAACACUUGUACUAAGCGGACUGUUCUGCAUCAUAUCCGUUUUUAUUGCUGAUAUCGAUGCACCAGCCCUCAAUCUAACGCUCUUUCUGCUCAGCAAACUUAGCAUUACAAUGGCGUUCGGCACGCUGUACAUCUACACGGUGGAAAUGUUUCCCACCAACCUCCGCCAAAGCCUGCUCUCGACAUGCUCGAUGUUUGGACGGAUUGGUUCGAUGAUUGCACCGCAAACACCGCUGUUGGCGAAAUUUUGGACACCACUGCCGAUGAUUUUGUUUGGCUGUCUCGGCAUUUCCUCCGGCAUAGCGGCACUCAAGUUUCCUGAAACGCUCAACAACGAGCUGCCUAACACACUCGAGGAAGCUAUGAAUAUGCAAUCGAAUGACAUUCCCGCAACGGACAGGUGA